AGCCGCAUCUCACAUCCAGGCUUUCGACCUGUAUUCGGUACGUAACCUGUCCAACACUCGAUCCUUCCGGCUACCCCAGCGUCAAGCUCGAGAAACUUUUCGCGGUGCCUGAACAUUUCACGAAUUUCGAUCAUCCCAAUUGGAAAAUCCGGCGAUGAACAACAGCAGCUUCCGCUCAAGCCAAUAUUGCUAUUGUUGCAAGCGGUGACGCAGCAAGUCAUGGCAGACAUCAGAAAAAGUGCCAUGCCAGACGAGGCUACCAUACACGACGCUGCAGGUGAAGCCUUUCCACCAUCCAACCCGCCACGGCAGCUCACGGUGUAUGAUGCAGUGGCAGGAAGAGCAGGCUUGAAUGGAUUCUUGACCCAAGAGCAGAGGCGGUCUGAAAACGUUUUGCCCAUUGCACCAGAGGAAGUCCUUCUGCGCAGACCUGCCAUCCCAGAGCAAGUGAUACACGAGUCGUAUGACGCGGCAGGAGAGCUUUCUGGUCCCAAAAGGCUGCCUGAGUCCGAAAUGCUGAAGGCAGUGCAUGCAUACGCCUCCGAUUUUUACAGUUGCACUGCGCAAGGACAAGGCACAUUCGAUUUCCGGACCCUUGAUGAGACAGCUCUGAUAGCGUUCGGAAUUCUGCUCGAGGAAGCAGUCAAGCAUGCCCUAGGACAGGAUGGGGAUAUGGUUUUCGUGGAGCCCGAGGGACUAGAGAAUGGGCUCGACGAAACAAAAUUGACCAAAUAUCAAGUCAAGGGUCGAGUAAAGCCAGCAAAAGCCCCCAGAAUGGACUCUUCCGAGGACAGUCUGGGAGAGGACGAAUCACCAGCCAAAAAGCCGCGCCGUUGAAAAGGAACCAUCGCAAGACAUGAGCUUCAUGGUUUGAGAUUGGUCAUGUGUCCGCCCGACAACGAACCAAUCUACCCAGGAUCAACUUUUCAAAGACCGGUUCCGAAGGCAGAAACGGGUUAGAUGGCGCUUGUGGAAUGGCCUGGAUCAACGACAAUGCUUAAGGGGAGGAAGCUUUUCUGCGUCUAGCUUGUCACAGUUGCAGCUAGGCUCAAACGUUGGGCCUGAUUGAGCCAUGCUUGCAUCCUUGCACGACGUAUCUGGACGUAAAGAGUAAGGACGCUGGGCUGUGGUCCGAGGCCGUCAGUCGGUGUGUGGAAGGUGUAAC